UUCAGAUCAUUUCUUUCUUCUCUCCCUUAAUAUCAAAUUCAUCUUUGAUUCAAGUAGUUCACCUUCAGUCUCUAAUUUUCUAAUAUGGUGAGUUUUGUCAUGGAGAAACCACACAGGAUGUCAGAGAGUCAAAACGUUGUCGUAUCAGAGGCCGCAAGGUCUAUCAUCCCCAACAACUCUUCGGCUCCUCCUGGUUUCAUCUCAAUCUCCAAGAAAAAGCUUCUCAAGAACCUAGAAAUCAUCAAUGAUGGCGAAAGAAUCAACGCUUGGGUAGAUUCAAUGCGAGCUUCUUCUCCUACUCAUCCAAAAUCACUCCCUUCUUCCAUCUCCUCAGAGCAACAACUAAGUUCAUGGAUCAUGCAGCAUCCUUCUGCAUUAGAAAUGUUUGAGAAAAUCACAGAAGCUUCGGGAGGGAAACAAAUCGUAAUAUUUCUUGAUUAUGACGGUACUCUCUCUCCCAUCGUUGAUGAUCCAGACAGAGCUUUCAUGUCAAGCAAGAUGAGAAGAACAGUAAAAAAACUGGCUAAGUGUUUUCCAACUGCUAUAGUUACUGGUAGAUGCCUAGACAAGGUGUAUAACUUUGUCAAGCUAGCUGAGCUGUAUUAUGCUGGCAGCCAUGGCAUGGACAUUAAAGGGCCGGCAAAAGGUUUCUCCAGACACAAGAGGGUUAAACAGUCUCUUCUGUACCAACCAGCCAGUGCUUAUCUUCCCAUGAUCGAUGAAGUCUAUAGACAACUUUUGGAGAAAACCAAAUCAACUCCUGGAGUCAUAGUAGAAAACAACAAGUUCUGUGCUUCUGUGCACUUUCGUUGCGUCGAUGAGAAGAAAUGGAGCGAACUGGUUCUAGAGGUUCGGUCGGUAUUAAAGGAAUACCCUAGGCUUAAACUGAACCAAGGUCGAAAGGUUUUCGAAAUACGUCCUAUGAUUGAAUGGGAUAAAGGAAAAGCUCUUGAGUUCUUGUUAGAGUCACUUGUUUUGAACCUUACAGGGUUUGGAAACUCUAACAACGUUUUCCCAGUUUAUAUCGGUGAUGACCGGACCGACGAAGAUGCAUUUAAGAUGCUACGAGACAGAGGUGAAGGCUGUGGCGUUCUUGUCUCCAAAUUCCCCAAGGAUACGGAUGCCUCAUAUUAUUUGCAAGAUCCAUCCGAGGCAUGUCCACACACACAUAAGUAUUUUGCAGUUAACGGUUUUCUACACGUGCUAACUCUCUUAAAAACGAACUCAAUAGGUGAUGAAUUUCUUGCAACGAUUGGUGGCGUGGAAACAAAUGCAGCCAGGUGUGUGAAGAGGAUGUAUAAUAAAUGAGCUAGUGACAAUGUUCGAAAUAGUUAAUGCCAAUCAAUAUGUACAUGGCUAACCUUUUUCUGAACAUUACAAACUUUUCUUAGAACGUUGUAUAAGGAUAUGACAAGGUCUAAUAUAUGCCCCUUUGGUCAAUUUCUUGCUAAAAUAAGAUGAACAAGAAAAAGGGUCGCAAAUUGUUUCGAGU